AUGAAAUUGCAGAUUAUUGAAAACCUUGAAAGGGUUAAAGAGUACUUUCAUGUUUGCAAAUGUGUAUCCUCCUCCCCCUUGUAUAAAAAAGCAAGUCGUUUACCUGGAGACAUAUUAGCUCAAGAGCAGAUGGAGCACAUAGGAAGGUCACCCCUGCAGGCUGCAUGGAUCAAUGCGAGCAGAACAGAGGGUGGGCUGGCCAAGCAGACCCGGCUGUUCCUGGAGGCUCUUCUGGUGGUCAUGUGUUUGGGAGCUGUCAUAGGCAAUGUUCUUGUUAUCGUUAUUGUGGCUGCUACCAGGACCCUCCAUGCAGUGACGUCUGUGCUGAUCCUUAACCUGGCUAUCAGUGACCUCCUGGUAGGCAUCGGAGUCAUGCCUUUUGUUGCUAUGUCCAUCAUAAACACCGGAUGGGUGCAUUGUUCUGUUCUCUGUUUAUUUGUCGGAUACUCCUCCACUGUGUACUGCACAGCAUCCGUACUCACACUGACUGCUAUUGCUCUUGACCGCUAUUACUCCAUCAUGGACUGCCUACGCUACAAUUCCCGCUGCACCCUGUGGAGGACUUGUGCUGUCGUCCUGUGGAUCUGGUUUCAGGCCCUGGUCGUCUGCAGCCCUCCUCUGCUAGGCUGGAGCUCUGUCACCUAUGUGAUCCCCAUGUAUAACUGUGCAACCACCUGGGGCAGCACUCUUAGCUACACAGCCUUCAUCGCUACUCUCACCUAUCUCAUACCUGCAGUGGUGAUCCUCUUCUGCUAUCUGAACAUCAUCAUGGUGGCCCGCAGCCACGCCCGGAGGAUUCAUUCACUGGAGGACUCCAUCCAGCGUAGCAGGUCCCCCUGUGCUCCAUGGGAUUCAUCCCACCAGUGCUGCAGGAACCUCCAGAGACCCUGGAGAGUUACAUGUCACAUAAACAAGGUAUCUCAGAUCAGUAAAGAGGGAGAGAAUAUCAGCCAGGUUGUUCAGGAAACUCCAACACAGCAGAGAAAAAACCAGCAACACCACCACCACCACGGAGCGAUGCGCCUCCUCCUGAUCAUCUCAGCUUUCUUCCUCUGCUGGACACCCUACAUAUGUGUUGCUCUAGUUCAGGCCACAGAAACUGCGAUUACAGGCCGGUCCACCCUCGUGCCAGACUCUGUCAUCACCUUCUCCUACUGGCUUAUGUUGCUCAGCUCUGAUGUCAAUCCUUUGUUGUAUGCUCUGCUCAGCCAGCGUUUCCAGAUCGCUCUUCAGGGACUUGUGCACAAAAUAAGAGCUUAUCUGUGGAUCGUGCUGGGCAGAGAAUGGGAGGUCAGAGCAGAGGGGGAUGAUGUCAGAAACAGUGACCCCUGCACCCUGAUCACUGCCCAUCCCAGUUCACAUUCCAGCACUGAAAGUUUGAACUGUGACAACUCAAAAUACUCCUCUAUUUUCACUGUUAGCACUGACUUCAAAAGUCACUCUGAGGUGCUUGUAUGUGAUGCGUACCACUAUGAAAAAAACACUUCCUCUGUGUGCCAGGAUGCUGCUUGUGACAAGACACACAAUCUGCAGGUCCCUUCUCGUCCUCAAGAGGGCAACAGACUUCCGUUCUCUGCAUUAACCAGUGAGCCGCAGGCCACUUUUUUCUUCGGCCCGAUCACAGUGACGGUGGAGCAUGAUGUCUGUUAGUCAUUUACAGUUUUAGAAGAUAUAGUGUUCAUUAAAACACUGAUAUAUUUCAGCCUAAAGCUAAUGAAAACCCCUAACUCUGUUUUUCUUAGAAUAAAAAAGCACAUAAAGAAGAAAUGCAUUUUUAAUAUAGAAAUUACUGCUUACUGAAAAGUAUACCCUUGUUCUGUAUAGUUUAUUCACUCAGUAAUUAGUGGGGGCUCCUUUCAUGUGAAUUAAUGCAUUGUGCAGUGUAGAAAGGGGGUGAUUAGUCUGUAGAUCUGUUUAGGUGUUAAGAAAGCCAAGGUUGCUUUAAUACCAGCCUGCAGCUUGUCUGCAUUGGUGACUCUGGUGUCUCUCAUCUUCCCCUUUACAACAAUCCAUAUGGGCUUUAGGUUAGGUGGGUUUGCUUGCCAAUUGAGGACAGUGAUAACAUGGUUAUUAAAGCAGGUGUUGGUACUUUUGGAAGUGUGGGUAGGUGCCAUAUCCUGCAGAAAAUUGAAAUCAUCAUCUCCAUUGAGCUCAUCAGCAGAGGGAAACAAGAUAUCCUCUAACAUUAGCUGGUGGAUACCUUCACUGACUUUGAACUUGAAAAAACACAGUGGAACAACGCUAGCAGAUGACAUGGCUCCUAAAAUUGACUUUGGGAACUUCACACUGGCCUUUAAGCAACUUGGACUCUGAACCUCUCCGGUUGCACAUACAAGCUGUGAAGAGGCAGCUUCCGUAAUGACUAUCAAGUCAGCAAUCUGCCCUAUGAUAGCAUUGGCCAUAACAUGGACAGAACAUAACAGUUUUGUAUUAAAAAUGAUUAAAUUAUUGUUUUUGUUUUUUUAUUUCUAAUCUUCUUAGAAACUGUGCUUUGGGUUUUUAUUAGGUAAAGGCCAUAAUCAUCAAAACUAACAGGAAUAACUGCUUGUGAUAUAUUAGUUUGUGAGCAAUUAAUCUAUAUACUGAAAAUGAAUUUUAUUUUUCAAGUGAAUAACUAAAAUAAAUGAACUUUUUUAGAUAUUCUUUUUUUUCUAAUGCACCUUUAUACAUAUCAAAUACAUAUCAAAAAUAACUAAAAAUAAUAGUUGCAAUGCAAAUAUGUCAGAUGUGCCAAACAUUUCAUUUUUACAAUAGCUAUACUUUCAUAUAAAUAGGAACUGAAACCAACGAUUCUUUCUCGGUGAUCAAUUUUUACCUUAAUCAGAGCUAAAGCAGAGCUCUGAGCGAGAAAAAACCUUGUCAAGAAAAGGUCAAAAAGAAAUCUUUUUUUAUAUCUUACAUUAUGUGAUUACAUUUGAAGACACUCAGUAGCAGAUCUAACAAAUCCAUCAUUUAUUCACGCUCUAAAUAUUCACUCCUAGGAUGUGAUAUAACCAUAUGUUGCAUCAUCUCAGUGUAAAAAUCAUUCCUUACAAAGGUUUACAUUUAAGUCUUGCGAUAAUUCCAGAGGAAUACAAUAUAAUUAUUUAUUGUCAUAGAGAAUGACAAUGGGAAACAGUGCUAAAUGUACUGUAUUGCAAAAAAACAAGCCCAAAAAAUGCAGUGAAGUGGACAUUUCAGCUGGUAUGUGCAUGCUUGUUCUGUGGUUAUCAGUCGUUUUCCUCCUCGAGGGUCCUUGAGGUGAGUCAGCGCCCAAAUGUAUAAAAUGUCUUCAGUAAUACAUCAAGAAAUUGUCCCCUCACAGAAAAAAGCAACAACUCAUCCAGAAAAAGGACAGUCGUAGUAAAGCGUAUCUCUCUGCAGCAGUCUGGUGGCACUGUGUUAAACAGAACAGCUCGUAGCAAACAUGUGGAGUGAUAUUUGUACAUUCACAACAAGGCAGCACUCACAUGUGUCUCUUCACAAGGCCAGGGCCUCAGCUGCUCUCCUGCUUACCUUUCCCCCCCAAAACAAAUGUCCAAAGUAUGAUCACUGGAAAUAGAUCAAAUAAUAUGAUUCAUAAACUCUCUUCUAAAGCCACAGUGAGAUACAUUUCUAUCAUCUGCUGUUUUCACCAAAAAUAAAAACAUUUUAACUGAACUGUUAUGGCUUUGCUUGAGUGAGCAAGGGUCUAGAAAGUGUAAUGUAUAACAUAAGAGGCUCAAGGAGAGCUUGUACUGGCGUUCAGAGUUAUGAACUGGUUAGUUUUCAUUUGGCCCGCUGGUUUUGUUGUAAGCUUUUGACCCAAUCCAAUGUCUGGGUUUCUUGAAGCACAUAUGCAUAUGAGUUUAAAUUUAACAAACAAACCUUGUGUAUCUUAUGAACUGAAUGAGAAUACACUGGUUUAAAUAAAGUACCUUGCUUAGGUACCCAAAUUUCUUGAACCUUUCCAGAUUUUGUCAUAUUACAAUCACAAACUUCAAUAUAUUUUAUUGGGGUUUUAUGUUAUAGACCAAGCAAAGUAGCAGAUUAUUAAGUGGAAAGAAAAGUAUACAUGGUUGGAGAUAACGCUACACAUCACCCUGAACACAAAAUUCCCAUGGUCCAAAGGUGCAUAAACAGUAUUAAGGUGACUUCUCUUGUUUAAUAAAAAUUUUUCACCUCACAUCUAAAAGGCUUCUUCAGUUCUGAACAUGGAGUUUAAGUUGUAGUAGGAACAAUCUCACUCAUAGGGCUGUUCAGGUCCUAUGGGAUCACCAAUAGGGACAUUCAGGACAUGAGUUAUUGGCCCUACCCUCCAUUUUUUCAAAUUUAGGUUGUUGUCAUUUGGCAAUUAAAAAAUGUCAGCUAACCAUGCCAACAUAUGAUUGUUUUUGUUCACGUCUCAAGGUGUGAAUGGCUGUGUAACCACCUGGGGAGAGGAGUCAAUGCUUCUAUGUGGGAGUUAGAUCAAAUCUUAACACAAUACUAGUUUGGGAGUAUGCGCAAAACUUGUUGGUUGUAUAGGGAGUCUCAGUCACCAUAAGUGGCUGUGAAACCGAUUACAUUUGAAACUUGCUCUCAGAGUGGGAAAGUUUGAAGCCACCCAGUUUGUAGCACAAACCAGUUACAAACUGGCAAGCUUCCCUUCCCUUCCCUUCCCUCCCCUCUCCCUCAACACAUGCACGGGCUAGCCAAAAACAAUAGCAACAACAAUGGCUGACUGCCAAGUUGCAGUUAUGUUGAAGCUAUUUUUUAUGGUUGACGUAGACGCCUUUUUUCGCUGCUAUCUCAAUCAGAAAAAAAAAAUGUUUUUGAUGAGAGCCGGAAACAUCUUCGAGAAACAAGAGAACAUGUCCAAUAGCUAUGGAACUGUCAUGUCCUAAGGGACAGAGAAUCUACACCAACAGAAUAUCAAUGGUGAAACCAGGGUGGUGGCAGCAUCAAGCUCAUCUGUUUUGUUCCACUUUACAAUUAUCUAUCACUUUGUAUUGCUCUAUCACAAUAAAUCCUAAAAAAAAUACAUUGAGAUUUGUUGUAAUUUGACAAAA